UGUGCUUUAGUGCUUGUCCCUGUUUCCUGGCUGAGCUCAGGAGGAUGUGUUGGGUGUCCCUUGGUCUUGGCCCUGAGUCCCUUCCCUGUGCCCACUCCAGGUGCUGUACAGCACUGCAGCAGUGCAGUGCCACCUGCAGCAGUGGCAGGAGGCCAGAGUCACCCUGGAGAAGGCUGUUGUGUGGAGACCUGAAAGAAGAACAGCAAUCCUGGAGCUGGCCCUGGAGCGGGUGCAGGACCACCUGUUUUUAGAGCCCAUGCUGGUUCCUCUUGGCGAACUUUUCAGACCACGAAAGAAGGAAGUUGAGCAGCUGGAUUCAAAAGAUUUCCUGGGUAAACCCAAGGUCAUCUCAUCCAUCAUUCCCAAUGAUGAGUACAUUGGCUUCGAGCCUCUCAGGCCUCAGAAACAGGGCUUUUAUGAACCCAGUGCCGAUGCUCUGCGGGGUGAAGUGAAUGACAAACAUACAAAGGCUGCAAAGGAUGCUGCAGGUCCCUGGCGUCUCUGCAAGAGCCUCUGGGCAGUUUGCAGGACUUGAUUCAAUGGUCCUGGGAGACUGGCAUGGAUCAUGGCAUGCCUGGGGAAUGGAAGCAGACAGAGGUUGUGGGACCUGCCUAGGUCUGUGGCAGAGGGUGCUCAGCUUUCCCAUCUUAAUUCCAAGGACAAUUCCAAAUACUCACUACCAACCCUAGUGUCCUGAGCCAAAAUUAUGUUCAAACCCCAAGAAAGUAAUUUGUUUUGAUCAUAUCACAUCAGCAGUACUUCAGGGCUGUGUUGAAUAACUAUUUUGAUCUUGACAUUGAACAUAAGUACAAUGCAAAUACAGCUGCAUUUGGCAAAUCAGUGUUUCCCUAGCCCCUUUUGUUCCCAGUUGGAGCGAAGAGCAGCAAUGGAAAUCCCGAUUUCCCAAGACCCUCACCCUGCAGCCCGUGCCAGCUGGGGCCGGUGCAGUGUGCUGGCUCAGGGCCAUCAGCACCGCACCCCAGGCCACUGCAGCGCUCUCCUCUCCCCGCAGGGAUGCCGAGUCCGGCUACCACCGAGUGCUGUCCCGGUACCGCCCCGAGGAACCGUCGGGGCCCGAGGUGGCAGCCGGGAGCCUGGUGUUUGUGCU